AUGCAGUCGUUCUUACAAUACUGCCGUCUCCAGAAUCGAGUAGCAACACGUAUCGAGAUCGAGACAGAUCCCAUCGCUGAAGGGACAAAGGACGAAGCACGACUGCCAGAGAAGGACAAUGUUGUAGCGAGCAACGGCGACGACUCGACGGAUCCGAGGAACUGGUCAUCGUUCCAUCGCGGACGUGUCUUCGCGAUUGUCUGGCUUCUGGUGUUUUCGCAAGGAUGGGUCUCCACGUGCGACUCGCGUGUGGCGAAGCCCGAGUCGGAGGGGCUUCACGUUUCGGAGACGGCGCAGACUGUCACCACUGCAGUAUUCUUCAUCGGAAUUGCCCUGGGCGCGCUGUUCGCUGGACCGCUAUCUGAGACGUUUGGAAGGAACCCGGUAUACUUGAUCUCGACAUUCGUCUUGCUGACUUUUACGCUUGGAUCCGCUCUGGCGCCAAGUUUCGGGGCAUUGGUCGUGUUGCGGUUUCUCAGUGGGGUGGCGAGUAGUCCGACGUUGUCGAUUUAUGGUGGCACGUUGGCGGAUCUCUUUACGAAUGAGGAGAGGAGAAUGUUGGCGCCUGUUGCUGGUGGAUUCAUUGCGGACCGUAUCGACUGGCGAUGGACGUUGUGGAUUGGUCUGGCUUUUGUGGGUGCUGUCUGGCUACUGGCGGUUGCGUUCUUGCCGGAAACUUUCAGUCCGGUGUUGUUGCAGUAUAAGGCGAAGCAUCUGAGGGCGCUGACUGGGAAUGAUGCGUUUGUGGCUCCGACUGAGCAAGGCGAUGGUCUGGCGAAGCGGUUGCGGACGAAUAUCUCGCGGCCUAUCGCGUUCUGUACAUCGGAGCCGAUUGUCCUUCUACUUGGAUCCUACCUGAUCUUGAUCUUCGUCAUCAAUUUCAGCUUCCUGAACGGCUUGGACUUCAUCUUCACCGAUACCUACGGCAUCUCUACCGGCGUAGCGUCCCUGGCUUUUGUCAGCAUCACUGUUGGCGUCCUUAUCGAUAUCUCGACUACACACCUUCACACUCGUCUCUGUCGCAGAGUCCUUCGCCGAAAUUGCAGAGCAUUCGUCAAGAGAAAGCCAGCAGACCCAUCCGACGAAUCAUCCUCAGUCGACACAGAGGCCACAAUACCACCAGAGCUGAGCUUGAUCAGAGCGGCCAUCGCAGCACCUUUCCUACCACUCUCAUUGUUCUGGCUGGGUUGGACGAACUACUCAGACAUCAAUCCAGCUUCUGGCUACGUGGCGACAAUCUUCUUCGGAUACGCCCUCUCAGCCAUCUUCAUCUCUAGCUAUCAGUACAUCAUUGAUGGCUACGAGACUUACUCGAGCUCUGCACUGGCGAGUAUAACGAUGGCGAGAUAUGUGUUUAGUGCAGGGUUGGUCGUUGCAACAAGGCCGAUGUACCAGGGCAUUGGAGUUCAGUUCGUGAUGACGAUCAUGGGGACAUUGGCGUUGCUUCUGGUGCCUGUGCCGUGGUUACUAAUGCGGUAUGGCGAUCGGGUCAGGGCAAGGUCGAAGUUUGCCAGGGAAGUUGCCGAGUCGAGACGAUGUUCCUAUUGUUGCAGAGCUUUUGGUAAUUGA